CGGAGCUCGAGCGCCCGGACCUGCUGAGGCGGCGGUGACGGCGACCCCGCCCCGGGGCUCCAUUGUUGAGGCGGCCGCGGCUCUGCCGGCUGCUCGGCUGCGCUCCACUCUGCGGGAGCCAGUCGGCGAGGCGGCGGCCUGAGCAAUGGAAGAGUUAAUAGUUGAACUUCGCCUCUUUCUUGAACUCCUGGACCACGAAUAUCUAACCUCAACUGUCAGGGAGAAAAAGGCAGUAAUAACCAACAUUCUGCUGAGGAUACAGUCCUCCAAAGGUUUUGAAGUGAAAGAUCAUGCUCAGAAGCAAGAAACCACCGGCAGCCUGCCAGCCCCUCCUCAGAUGCCUCUGCCGGAGAUCCCGCAGCCCUGGCUGCCUCCUGACAGUGGGCCUCCCCCGUUACCGACGUCUUCCCUCCCAGAAGGUUAUUACGAGGAAGCUGUGCCCCUGAGCCCUGGAAAAGCUCCGGAGUACAUCACGUCAAAUUAUGACUCGGACGCCAUGAGUAGCUCUUAUGAGUCAUACGACGAAGAGGAGGAAGAUGGAAAGGGGAAGAAAACUCGGCACCAGUGGCCCUCGGAGGAGGCCUCCAUGGACCUGGUGAAGGACGCCAAGAUCUGUGCCUUCCUGCUGCGGAAGAAGCGCUUCGGCCAGUGGACCAAGUUACUCUGCGUCAUCAAGGACACCAAACUGCUGUGCUAUAAAAGUUCCAAGGACCAGCAACCUCAGAUGGAACUGCCCCUCCAAGGCUGCAAUAUUACAUAUAUCCCGAAAGACAGUAAAAAGAAGAAGCACGAGUUGAAAAUUACCCAGCAAGGCACAGACCCACUUGUUCUUGCAGUCCAGAGCAAGGAGCAGGCCGAACAAUGGCUGAAGGUGAUCAAAGAAGCCUACAGCGGCUGCAGUGUACCUGUGGAUUCAGAAUGCCCUCCUCCGCCAAGCUCCCCGGUGCACAAGGCAGAGCUAGAGAAGAAACUGUCCUCAGAGAGACCGAGCUCAGAUGGGGAGGGGGUUAUGGAAAAUGGAAUUACUAUGUGUAAUGGAAAAGAGCAAGUGAAGAGGAAGAAAAGUUCCAAAUCAGAGACCAAGGGAACCGUAUCUAAAGUCACUGGGAAAAAAAUUACCAAGAUUAUUGGUCUGGGAAAGAAAAAGCCAUCCACAGACGAGCAGACCUCCUCCGCAGAGGAGGACGUUCCCACUUGUGGCUAUCUGUACGUGCUCUCCAACAACCGCUGGCGGGAGCGCUGGUGCAGAGUGAAGGAUAACAAGCUCGUUCUCCACAAGGACAGGACGGACCUGAAGACCCACAUUGUUUCCAUCCCUCUCCGUGGCUGUGAGGUGAUCCCAGGCUUGGACUCCAGACACCCCCUGACGUUCCGGCUGCUUCGCAACGGCCAGGAGGUUGCAGUGUUGGAGGCAUCUUCUUCUGAAGACAUGGGCAGGUGGAUUGGGAUUUUACUGGCCGAGACAGGGUCAUCCACAGACCCGGGAGCUCUGCACUAUGACUACAUAGACGUGGAGAUGUCUGCAAAUGUCAUCCAGACAGCCAAGCAGACCUUCUGCUUCAUGAACAGGCGAGUUAUAUCUACCAACCCAUAUCUAGGGGCCACCGCCAACGGCUACGCCCACCCCAGCGGGACGGCACUGCAUUAUGACGAUGUCCCAUGCAUCAAUGGCUCGUGGGAACCGGAAGAUGGCUUUCCUGCGUCCUGUAGCAGAGGCUUGGGAGAAGAGGUGCUUUAUGAUAAUGCAGGCCUGUACGAUAACUUGCCGUCUCCGAAAAUCUUUGCCCGCUACUCUCCUGCUGACAGGAAGGCUUCUAGGCUGUCUGCUGACAAGCUGUGCUCUAACCAUUACAAACACCCCGCCUCUGCUCCGUCUGUUACUAAUACCUCUUCUGUGGGGAGGGCGUCUCUCGGGCCCAGCUCCCAGUUGAAGGGUAAAAAGCCCCCGGUGGCAUCUAACGGGGUCACAGGGAAAGGGAAGACUCCAAGUGGUCAGCCAAAAAAAGCGGACUCAGCAGCUGGCGUGAAACGGACAGCCUCGAAUGCUGACCAGUACAAGUAUGGCAAGAACCGGGUAGAAGCAGAUGCCAAGAGGCUACAGACCAAAGAAGAAGAGCUGCUGAAGAGGAAAGAAGCCCUGCGGAGUAGACUGGCCCAGCUCCGGAAAGAGAGAAAAGACCUGAGAGCCGCCAUCGAAGUGAACGCUGGCAGGAAGACCCAGGUGGUGCUGGAGGACAAGUUGAAGAGGCUGGAGGAGGAGUGUCGGCAGAAGGAGUCGGAGCGCGUCAACCUGGAGCUGGAGCUGACGGAGGUCAAGGAGAGCCUGAAGAAGGCGCUGGCAGGCGGGGUCACCCUGGGGUUGGCCAUCGAGCCCAAGUCGGGGACGUCAAGUCCACAGUCCCCGGUGUUUCGGCAUCGGACUCUGGAGAACUCGCCCAUCUCCAGCUGUGACACAAGUGACGCAGAGGGCCCCGUGCCGGUGAACAGCGCAGCGGUCCUGAAGUGGAGCCAGCCAGCCCCGGGCAGCUCCCCCUGCCGCGGGCACGUGCUGCGCAAGGCCAAGGAGUGGGAACUGAAGAAUGGGACAUAAGGACAGGCACGGCUGCUUCAGCCUCAGUCAGGGCUGCCCACCCUCACCCGGCGUCCCCACCCGUGCGACCGCAGGAAGCUCUGGCAGCGUGACGAGUUCUGAGACCAGCACCCUGACCCCGGCUCACGUGUCUUCUUUCUACUGUAUAUUGUGCCCUUUAAAAAUGUACUUGUGAGACUUGGUUUCCAGCUUUGCUGAAAACAAAACCAGAAAGAGAUGAAAAGGUGUUGUGAAAGGACCUGUCAGGUCAGGCGGAGGAGCUGCCUCUUUCUGACUGUUGCAUGAUUGCUUUAACCAGUUUUGACCCGGCCCCGGCUGAAGACGGACGGAUUUGUGAGCCCAGAUGAAGCCCUGGGAGGGCCGUGGCCGGGCGUGGACCCGGAUGCUCUGGGUGUGAGUGUGAGCGGCGCGUGGGCACCGAGCACGCCGCGCACGUGUGCCGGGAGGUCAGGGCCACGUAGCCCUCCCCCUGCUCACGAGAGGCGAAGGCAGGAGAAAACUGUGCUGUGAAGCAUUUUUCACCUUUUAAUUUUUUUUUUUUUUUUUUUUUUUUGUGGACAGAUGCUUUUGUCACCAGGAGGUGAAAAGCUGCCAUUCUUUUUAACCUGUUUUUUAAAAAAAGUCUCUUUGUACUGUGUGUCGCACUUAGAUCUAAGGAUUUUCCAGAGAUUUUGUAUCUUAUUAAUUAUUUGCGCUGCUUUUGAAAGGCAGCAGAGUGUUUGUAAUACUCACUGACGUGCCCUGCUCCCCGCCCGGCCACGCGGGCACAGGUGCUCCUCAGAGAGCCGGCAGCCGCGGUGGGGGCUGAGGUUCGGCUCGUGGUCUAUUUCCAGGGCAUUUACUGAUGCAUGGGGUGGGAGCAGUCCUUUGAAAAGGAAGCAAGUUCUGGAACUUGUUCAGUUGUAGAACGAUGCCAUCUUGGAGCAAGACAUGGGCCUUUGAGGGCUUCUCGCCCCUCCCCGCCCCCUCUCUCCAGUUUGUACAUUAAGCCAUGAGUGGGUCCGUGGGCUCGGCCUGCUGUUCCUUCCGGAGCACGGCAGCCUGGGCAGGCCUCAUUGGUGGCUUUCUUGCUCACCUUCUGUGCAAUAUUUCUGGAGAGUUCAGAUGCCUGAGGCAUAGAGAGAAAGAGUUCACAGCUGGUUUCUACCCCGUAGGUCUAAGAAUCAGACUAACUUCUUGGUCUGCAGAGGGCCGCUGUUGGGAUGCUAUCGUGUGGGAAGGUGCAGCCACUGACGGGGGAAUACGUCUGUGUCCCCAGAACCCCUCUGCAGACUGAGCCAGGGGGACCCGUCACAGCGUGUGUGACUGUAGGACUACAGUGAUGCUGCUCCUGCUGAAAACCUUUCAUCCACCACCUAGAAUGUUCUUCUUAUAAAAUAUAGGAAGAGGGCGGGAAAACACAGCCUCCCCGGAGCACAGCCUGUACGGGUUGGAUUACCGUGUAACGUCACGGUGCUCGAGCCCGGCCAGAGCCGUGUUUGGUUUUACUUACUAGAGCAGGGAAGUCGUCUCCAGUGUCUAGGAAAGUUCUAUAGCAAGAGCGGGAAGCUGCGUAGCUUGAGUCCACCUGAAACUGGAAUUUAUUGCAAAGCCAUCCGCCAAGAGCGUUUCUGGUUCAUGAGCUAUCAGCUAGCGCCGCACUCUGCCGCCCCUUCCUUCCCAGUUGUCCACGAGGCACAUCGUGCAGCAGUGGGUGCGUCGGCUUCCCCCAGGAACCCCCGGCGGGCGGGCAGGGAGGGCAAGAGCUUCCCAGAGGCAUCCGCCUGUCCCCAGCAUGGCCAGGAGGAGCCCCUUCCUCAGUGGGGAUUUUUCUUUUCAUGAUAGGAAGCUGUAACCACUUCCUAUCAUAUGAAACCAAUUUUAUAAAAAGAGAAAAAAGUUUGAUCUACUAUAGAUUUUUGCUGCCCUCAGGUCAAAUAAAGUUUUCCAAAUUAAGGCUCUUGAGCCAUUCAGAUUGGCAGCCUUCUUUGCCCACCAGAGCUGUGCCAGGUGUCGAUUGUUAUUAAAAGAAGGGCAACCAGGACCAGCCUGAGUCUUGGUCUUGGCCCAGCACAGGUGGGCAUCAGAGACGGGUGGCGGAAACAGGCGUGGCGUCAGGCGUAGCACGUGGCCCUCAGCUGUCACCCCGGCUGGCGUUGUCACUUUGCAGAUGGAGACCCUGCAGCUCUGGGAGUGCCUUGCCCAAGGGCACAGGUGGUUGGAGCCAGACUCCCAGCGUAUAUAUUUUGUCUUAAAAACCCAGGUUUGUAAAUCACUUUCACGGCCACAAGCCUGUUGAAGAGGACAGCAAAGUUAGGCGAGCCCUUCGUGUCCCAGGAAUGGCUGUAAAUGGGUCCAGGGAGGCGAGGCCCUGACAUCGGCUCCUUGUGUCGUGUGUGCCCCUCGACAUUUCCAGAUUUGAUCAGAAAGUUACUCUAAAGCAUUUGCUUCAAAAUAAGUUAUUUAUUUGUAUAUGUUCAAUAAAUAUAGUUUUUAAUUUAUAUCUGUACAUAUUAGACACACACGAGAUGUCUUGUCAGAAUUCUGACGGCGCUCUCGUUUUAUUACCCUCCCAAGACGCGCCCCAGGAGUGAGCACUCCCUGCUUCUGGCGCAGCUGUGAGCGCAGCUGUCUUGCCCCUGAGGACCCAGGCCGGCCGGGAAGGGCGCACUCGCCCAGGCUGCGAGGUACGGGUUGCCCGGGAGAAGCCGGGUUUCUCUGCGACGCCCCGUCCACAGAGUGCUGGCGUGCCGUGCUAGGACGCCGGGGAACGUGCCGGCCGCACAGCUGGGGCCGGAUGGGGACAGGUCAGGUGAGAGGGCCGACCUCUGUGGCUGCCGGGCCCUUCUAUCCUACCUUGAGCCGCAGUGUCCUUCCUCAGGGUCCUGCUUCCGGCCGUGUUUUUGUAAGGUAUUAUCAACCUUCAAAAUCCCUUCCUUUUUAUAUUUUUGUAAUGUUUUUAAUUCACUAACCAACCUUUUUCAUAGAAGCAACUCCGAUGGUUAAAGGGCUCGCUUUGGUCCCCCCGUGGGCACAGGUGUGGACCGUCAAGGUCCCGCUGGCCAGAUUUUGUGGGGGCUCGGGCAGGACGGCUCUGUCUGCACCAGAGGAGCCUGCGGCCCCGUGCUGGGUAACCCUCGAGGGUCUGCCAGACCACCCCACACAGGUGAUCCCAGAUCGGCCGGACUGCCCCUGCCCACGGAGCCCUUCUCUUGGGACCGACCAGUGGGCCGUUCACCAGCCCCACAAUAAAACCUGUCUCGCCCCCUCUGUGCCUACGCCUUGGUGUUGCCAGACCUGAUCUCCCCUUUAUUCAUCUUACUUGUCCCCAAGUUAUUUUUGGCUAUUUCCAAAUAGCCAAACUACUCUGAUAUGGUGGAGAUCUGUCACUUUUCUGAAAAGUCUAUUUCAAAAAUCAUGUGUCCUCUGCUCUGGGGGCCACCUCUGGGAAGGAGUUGCAGAUUCGCUGUCAUUGUGGCCACAAUUGGGAGUUUGUCCUUUGUUUCCAAAGGACAGCCUUGAAGCUAGGGUUAGGGGUAGGAGCUGUGGACAAAAAUCAUUUGUUUAUGGUCACAUCUUACCUUGCCAGAAAAGACAAUAGACUCUGCUAACCUACUCUUAGGGGGAAUGCAAGCUUCGCCCACAGACCUUGCUCCCCAGGCAGUAUUCUCCGUUUACGCACCUAACUCGCUCCUUAGAGACCUCCCUGGGAUGGGCAGGGCCCCCCACCCGGAGAAAAGGGACAUGGCUUCAUCUGCAGCUGGCACCCGUGCCUCGUGCCGCCACAGGGGCUGACACCCUGAGCUCCCAGGCGGGCCCUGCAGCCAGGCAGAUGUUGAUCCUUAUAAACAGCCUUUCCCAGGAGCACAACACGGAAGUUUCUAUGGCAUCAGCGUCAGCAGACAAGAUGCUCCUCGAUUUAUAUAAAGGUCAUGGCAACAUUUAAAUGUUAAACUCCUGCCUUCCUCUUUUCUCUUUCUAAAAUAAUAUUUCAGUGGGAACAAUAACUUCAAAUUCAUGACAUAGUUUUAAAGAGGGUAGUCUUUGUUCCUGUUGUUAUUAUGAAUACUUUCUUAUCAUCAUCCCCUAGUGGCCUGGGUUCAUACUGUGAAAUAACUAAAAAUAAAUCAACUGAAACCUUCGUGCCGUCCACACACCUGGCACAGACAGCAUCGUGGGAAAAGCAAAACCACCUCUCUCUGUGGCAGCCAAGCCACAGCAGGACAACUUGCCAUUUUUAAAGGAAGGAAAACUUUACACCUAGCACAUUUUUGGCUUCAGAGGCAUUCUGUUGCUCGUAUUUAGAAGUAUUUCCAGCUACGGUCUUCCAGAGAGCUCAAAGCUGCCGUGUGCAGGUGUUAUCAGGUAUUUUGAGUUGUAGUCAUGGGAGAGAUUCUCGAAAUGGGAUUUUCAGAUCAUAAUUCUUAGGGACCAAAGGUGUUUUUAAUAAGAUAAUCCUUCUAUUUGACUUUCUAAUGAGAAAGGAAAUGUUCACUUUAAAUUUUAACAUCAACUUUUAAAUUACAGAUAUUCAGAAUUGACCAUGGCUAUAAGUUGUAAAAUGUUUUCAUAUUAAGAAUGUAAUUAUUUCCUUAUUGUAUUUUUUAAAAACUAAAGUCAUAUUUAAAAUUCUCUUUGAAAGAAACAGGCAAAGAAACAGGAAAGAUUUUUUAAAUUAAGUAUGUUGUUAGUGCCCAUUUUAAAUGACUGUAAAUAUAUUUUCACUGUGUUUCUCAAUGUAUUUAAUUCAUAAAGUUAAAAUUUUAUGAAAAGAAACGUACAAUGAAAAUACUAGUUUUCAGUCCACGUACCCCAUUUUGUAGUUGCUUCUCUUGAAUUUUCUGCCUCACUGAUUUUUUCUACUGUUUUCCAUGGUGUAACCCAUAGACCGGCGCCCCUUGGCGCGGCCCAUCUGUGUAUCAAUAAACUGUUCUCUUCCAGCGA